GUUACUGUUCCCAUGGAUCCCUCAGGAACAAUGUUAUCCCAAGUCUUGGGAGUCAUAAUUACUCUAUGGGGUACUGAACCAGAGUUCUGUGAUGGGAACAGGAGUACAGAACAAGGAAUAGGGAUUGUGAGCAUGUCAGAAACAUGACAGAUGCUGGCACUCAGGUCCCUGGCAAAUGGGGGGAGUGAACACUUGAUGCAAUAUACUUUGCCAGAAGGUACAGAUCAAGUUGCCAAGAAGGCUCACAAUGGACUAGUUCCGAGAAGGGAGAUUUACACGUCACCAAGGAAUUUUGGAAAUGUCAGUGAUAAUUUUCUGUGAUUACCAAGAAAAACAAAGACACUUAUAAGCUGAGAGAAGAAUGCUGAGCAGCAGCAAUGAGUCCCAGCCUGCAGCAAUGCAGCUCUGCUAUGAGAACAUCAGUGGAUCCUGCAUUAAAACCUCCUACUCCCCAGGACCCCGAAUCAUCCUCUACUUGGCAUUUGGCUUUGGGGCUCUACUGGCUGUCUUGGGAAACCUCCUGGUCAUGAUUUCAAUCCUUCACUUCAAGCAGCUGCACUCUCCAGCCAAUUUUCUUAUUGCCUCCUUGGCUUGUGCCGAUUUUUUGGUGGGAGCCACUGUGAUGCCCUUUAGCAUGGUGAGGUCAGUGGAGAGUUGCUGGUAUUUUGGGGAAAGUUAUUGUAAAUUCCACACUUGUUUUGAUGCAUCAUUUUGUUAUUCUUCCAUUUUUCACUUGUGCUUCAUCUCCAUUGAUAGAUACAUUGCUGUCACUGACCCUCUGGUCUAUCCAACUAAAUUCACUCUGUUGGUUUCAGGAAUAUGCAUUGUGUUCUCCUGGCUCCUUGCCAUUACAUUUAGUUUUUCACUUUUUUACACAGGUGCUAAUGAUGAUGGGCUGGAGGAAUUAGUAAGGGCCCUCACCUGUGUGGGAGGUUGUCAGAUGGCUAUGAAUCAAACCUGGGUACUGAUAGACUUUCUGUUGUUCUUCACUCCCACUCUGGUCAUGGUCAUUCUUUAUUGUAAGAUUUUUCUAGUAGCUAAACAACAGGCUAGAAAGAUUGAAAGUAUGAACAGCAAAGCUGAGUCAUCCUCAGAGAGUUACAAAGCCAGAGUGUCCAAGAGGGAGAGAAAAGCAGCCAAAACACUGGGCAUUGCUGUGAUAGCAUUUGUGAUUUCAUGGUUCCCGUAUUUUAUUGAAACAAUAAUUGAUGCAUUCCUUGGGUUCAUCACUCCAACCUAUAUUUAUGAAAUUUUAAUUUGGUUUGCCUAUUUUAACUCAGCCAUAAACCCUCUGAUUUAUGCUUUUUUUUACCCUUGGUUUAGAAGAGCAAUUAAAGUGAUUGUCACUGGGAAAGUCGUCAGUGGUCACUCUUCAACAAUAGAUUUGUUUUCUGAACAAGUUAAGGUUUUAAACUGAAGAAGUUAAAAUAUGGAACAAAGUUAUAAAAGGUA